AGGGGCGGAGCGGAGGCGGCGGCGGCGGCAGCGGUGGCGGCGGCGGCUCUGGAGGCCGCAGUCCGCGUCCCGGCUCCGGCCCGUGCCGCACCAUGGUGACGCCCGCAGAGCUGUUGGUGCUGCUGGCCGCGCUGCUGGCCACGGCCUCGGGCUACUUCGUCAGCAUCGACGCGCACGCCGAGGAGUGCUUCUUCGAGCGGGUCACCUCGGGCACCAAGAUGGGCCUCAUCUUCGAGGUGGCGGAGGGCGGCUUCCUGGACAUCGACGUGGAGAUCACAGGACCAGAUAACAAAGGCAUCUAUAAAGGAGACCGAGAGUCCAGCGGGAAGUACACGUUUGCAGCCCACAUGGAUGGGACAUACAAGUUCUGCUUUAGUAAUAGGAUGUCUACCAUGACUCCAAAGAUAGUCAUGUUCACCAUUGACAUUGGGGAGGCUCCCAAAGGACAAGACAUGGAGACAGAAGCUCAUCAGAACAAGCUAGAAGAAAUGAUUAACGAGCUGGCAGUGGCCAUGACGGCUGUGAAGCACGAGCAGGAGUACAUGGAAGUCCGGGAGAGAAUACACAGAGCCAGUCAGGUAAUGUGUCGACUGGAUUCCAAUGAAGACAGUGUUCUGUAUGCACAAUUUCUUGGGUGGCUGGAUUCCUCUGUCAUCCAAAGAUGCGUUUUUAAAGUCAACGACAACACAAACAGCAGAGUGGUCCUUUGGUCCUUCUUCGAAGCUCUUGUUCUAGUUGCCAUGACAUUGGGACAGAUCUACUACCUGAAGAGAUUUUUUGAAGUCCGGAGGGUUGUUUAAAAGGCCUUUUCCUGUUGAUCCCAAAUUCACAAUUCACUUGUUUACCAAACACCUUGGUCAUAAUAAUGUCAUUAGUUUAUACAUUUUUAUUUUCUGAACGUUCAUGACUUAUGUUUCUUUGUGAUUAAUGGGUGUUGGGGAAAACCUGUUUAGGAAAGUUAGAGUGAAAAUUUGACAUUGAUUGGCCUUACUUGAAUGCUGCCCCAUUAUACAGGUCCUUCCAAGAGUUCAGAGGCUGUUAAUGCUGUAUGGGACUAUGGUCUUUAUUAUGUUUUCACCUUCAGUUUUCAUAAUAAAAUGCAGUUUGUUCAGGAAGUAGCCCACAGCCUGACUGCAUUCUCGGGAGUCCUUCAUCUGUGUUUAUUACCAGAGGUUCAUUUUGUUGAGUCCUUACAGCAACAGUAGACUGAAUCUUGACCCUUCUGACCAGCCUCAGGGCAGAGCGACCUGACUGGGGUAUGUUACCGUGUGGGCACUCAGACUUUCUUGAGUUUGCUUUAAACUAGACUCAUCCCAACACUUCCCCCCAAAGUUUUAUAUUGAACCUUAGAACAGAAUCACCUCUAUUCGACUUGACACAAGCAGCUGACAACUUACGAGUCUGUUGGAGCCAGUGUUCUGGGUCUUGGAACAGACUGCUCUCCCUUCUGUACUGCACUUAGGAAGAGCGGAUUUGCUCAAGUGGAAGCCUGCAUUUCUCAUGCCGAAGGGUUAAGCCUCUUGGAUUGCUUGCAGUGAUAGGCAGCCACUGUCGUCCUUGGAGUCAGUGGCCUUGGAGUCCUGGUCUUCAGUGUCAGCACUAGGGUUCUGUUUGUCCUCUGGUGUCUUUCUUUUUUUGGCACAUGUCAGUUUUGUUUAUAGAAAAUGAAGAGACUCUUUCUCUGAUGAUGGGUUUAAUGAAAGUCGCUCUGCUUUGGGUGUGGGCGAUCCAGGAUUAUGUGGUGACUGAUGUCUGAUAGCUACCUGGAUAUUUUAUUUUCUUUUUUGGAUCUUGCAAGGGGAAAACUACAAGUAACAAGUUUUGUAAAAUUAAUUUAAAUUUGUUAUAGGUUUUCAUGUUCAGGACAAAUAAUUUUUCAACCCUGGAUGACUAUCUUUGCAACAGUCUGUUGGUAAGGUGACUCUUUCACCAUAGGGCAGCUGUUGCAUGCCAAUUCUUUUUUUUUGUGUGUGUGUGUGUGAAAACACUUCAGAAUUGAAUUAAAAGAUGUAAAUUUAAAAUUGGUUGUGUAUCUAAUAUGCCCCAGGUUCAGUAAAUAAACAAUUCUUUUUAAAAACA